AUGAUAAAUUGGCAAGCAUUGGAAUGUAUUAUGGCUGAACUAGGUAUCCCUCCUAAAUUCCUCAAUUGGAUAAUGCAGAGUAUGACCAGUGUGUCAUAUAGAUUUAAUAUUAAUGGUGUCCAUUCUAAAAUGCUUAUUGUUAGAAGAGGAAUAAGGCAAGGGGAUCCCAUCUCCCCUUACCUUUUUGCUAUGCUAAUGGAAUAUUUGCAGAGAAGUUUACAUCAGAUGCAAUUGAAUCCUAGCUUCAAACAUCAUGCCAAGUGUAAAAAAUUGCAGCUUACUAAUCUAAUGUUUGCAGAUGAUGUUCUGUUGUUUGCUAGAGGGGAUAGCAAUUCUGUUGACCUUUUAUUGACUGCCUUCUAUAAGUUCCUUAACUCCACAGGUAUGCAGAUUAAUAAAGGUAAAAGUAAGCUUUUCUGUGGUUCUGUUACUCAAGAGAUGAAGAAUAUCCUUCUUAAUCUCUCUGGUUUCCAAGAAGGUGUGAUGCCUUUCAAGUACUUAGGAGUGCCUAUUACAAGCAAGAAACUCUCCAUUCAUCACUAUAUGGGGCUAAUUGAUAAAAUUGUUAGCAGAACGCGUAUCUGGACUUCUAAAUUGCUUACCUAUGCUGGUAGAUUGCAAUUAAUCAAAAGCAUAUCAUUUGCCCUUGCCAAUUAUUGGAUGCUUUGCUUUCCUUUGCCCAAAGCAGUUCUUGCUAAAAUUGAUGCAAAAUGUCGUUCCUUCCUCUGGACAGGUAAAGACCAUAUUAGUCACAAGAGUCUAGUUGCAUGGAAGACUGUGAGUCAGCCUAUGACAAAAGGUGGUCUUGGAGUGAUCGACAUCCACACAUGGAACAAAUGCACGAUGUUGAAGUUAUUAUGGAACAUUUGUAAUAAACCGGAUAGCUUAUGGGUUAAAUGGGUCCACUCCUAUUAUCUGAAGAAGCACACUGUUUUGGAAUUUAAUCCUACUUCUGCUAGCACAUGGAUCAUUAAAGAAGUUAUGAAUGCUAGAGUUUUUCUCCAAUCCUGUCAAACACAAUGGGAAGGGAUGAAUUAG